AUGGGAAAUAAAUACGAGGAGGAGUACGGAAAGGUCCAGCUUCCUCCACGACGGAGCGAGGACGGGGGCCUUCGAGAGGGCAUGUUGAUCAUCCGCGCUGAUGAGGAUUACGUUGGCGCGGCCGGCGAUCGUGAAAACGGUUUUACCCCACACCCCGCGCGAGCAUUCGCGGAGAUUUAUUUGCAGCCUGUCGUCCGUUCAGUUCUCACGGCAGAGCAAUUUAUGCGCUGGUCAAAGCGCGAACUUCGGCUGGAGGAAGCCAACUUGUGGAGCCUUGUACUGGAGCUGUUGCUGGAUGCUGAGCAGGGCAGUAAAUACAACCCGGACGCUAUUGGCAUUGCUGACGUCCAGCCUCAUCGUCGCUGGUAUGUGUCUCACCUUUCACACAUACAGGAAUUGCUGCAACGUCAUACACUCUUGCGCCGCAUGAACAUUGUUGUGCGCUGGCUGGAACAAACUUAUAGAGAGGGGAAUACAUUGCUUAAACUGUCAGCUUCACGUUCUCAUGAGGAGGCUGUUUUAUUGCGACAGAUUAUUCUGUCUCACCUACGUGGUGGCGAGCUUUACAGGGCUAUUGAUUUGGCUGUCACGGCAGGCGACUGCACAUACAGUUGUUUACUGAAUGCGGCACAGAUGCAAACGGUGUAUGAAUCAUGGUUUCAUUUGACGCCACUGGUCCCAUUAUUUGGAGAAUAUGGUAACGGAGAGGUGGACCAGGUUUGGGCAGGCAAUACUCACCGACUGGAUAAUCUCUCUCAACUCUAUGAGGAUUCUGUAGCAUUGUCAAACUCUGAUGAAGGGCGAAGUGCUAUUGGUGGGUUAGAUGCCAUUGUUGCAGCAGUACUGUGCGGUAAUCUAGAGGUCAUGGAGCCUGCAUUUCUGGCGGCGGGAAACUGGAAGGACGCCCUAUGGUGCCAUCUGCGCGCUGCCUUGGUGUUGUGCUUUACAAAAACGCUUAUGAACGCUCAUCACACCGUUCAGCCAUUGUAUGCUGGCUUUAUAGAGAAGUUUACCGGAUCACAUGACUCUUGGCAGGAAGAAACAGCUCGUGGUGUGGUCCAGCGACUUUCUGAGCGACUUCAGAAAAAUUAUCUCCCCUUUGCUUCUCUAGAGGAACAAUUGCAGAUGCGUGUCAUUCUUCAGUUUCUUUCUCCAGGUGGCGUGGAUUGGAUGUGUAUCACGGAUGACCUUUAUACUAAGCGUAUUGAUGGAGCUCGAAUAAUCUCACAUUUGUUGCUAUGCCUGGAUACGGCGUACAACGAGACACUUCAUUCCUACUCCGUCCAGGUAUAUUCCAACACUCUUGCCAUUGCUCUUGCACAAUAUGGACAGCAGCUUGCUCAGAUGCCACUUUACUCCACACAGGAUGCGAUGCAAGCAGUCAUUGCUAUGAAUUUGCAUUUGCGUGAUACGAGGCAACGGGCAGCUGUAUAUGCCGCCUUUCUGGUAGCAUGUCGCCGUAGAGAGUUGGAAUCUUCGAGUCGGCAGGAUGUGGAGGUCAAUGAAGCGAAACUUGUGCAGCAAUUCUGCAAGGCGGAUCCCGUCAGUGCACUGCACGACGAAGUGAUGCGCUUGUUGAACCAAAAGACGGAGCCCACUUCGCUUUUGACACAUAACACAGUGGCAGAGGCCGUGAUGUGGCGGGCGAUGCACGCGGACUCCCAUGAAGACUUUGUUGUUGCACUUCGAGAGGCUCUUGAGGCGUGUGUCUCAUUUUGGUUGGCCGAGCCACAUGCCGAACUGGACGCCAUUUCUGAUGUUUCUGGCAUCCUGCGGCGCAACAUCCUCCCUUACUUACAGGAGAAAAAUGAGACUUUGGGUGAUAUGGAGUUGAUUGAGGCACACUUCUGGAUAAAGUUUGCGGAGGUUCGGUCGACGGCAGACGAACACGCACGGAGUACCGCACAACUUGACGUUGCACUUGGUGGAGGCGAUCGGACGCUUGUCUUUCAGUUGGCUCAGGAUGAGUCUGCACUGUUGCGAGAGCUUCAUGCGUUAACGCAAGAAGCGCUUUCACACGGAGGCGCGUUGGUGCGUCGAUCUCGCUCCUGCGUCACCGCCGUCACGUGGAUUGUGCAGGUAUUUGCAGAGGAAGUGGCGCUUUCUGUGCGUCUUGCCUCCCCGGGGGCCAGCGUAAUGAUGGAGCAACUGAGGAAGGUCUUUGCACUCGUCGAGCAGCUGGAUGGACUGGGCUACAUUGACCCGAACCUUAUUCCGCGGCAGAGCGCGAGGGAGUUGUUUGAUGCGGUGCGAGCGGCACGUGUAGCCUGCGGUCAGAAGUCGCACGACUUGCUGGUGAGCGAGGCGAAAAAAACGGCAGCGGCUCGGCAGUUGCCCCUUUAG